AUGGCGGCCGCCAUCCGCCCCGCCAUGGCCGCCGCUCCCCCUCCGUUGCCUUUCGCGGUGCCGGGCGGCGUGAAGCGCUCCCGGCAGCUCCUGCACAUGAGCGUCCUGGCGCUCAGCGCCUCCCCGUGCGGCCGCUACCUGGCGGCGGGCAACAACUACGGCGAGGUCGCGGUCUUCAGCCUCUCGGCCGCCCUCAGCGCCGAGGCCAAGGAGGAGAGCAAGAGGCCCGUGGGGGUGUUCCAGGCCCAUCCCGGCCCCGUUUAUUCCCUGGCCUCCACGGAGCGGCUCCUGCUCAGCGCCGGCGAUGGGGAAGUGAAGGCCUGGGCCUGGCCCGAGCUGGGCAAGAAGGGCACAAGGGAGCUCUGGACCCGCCGCCCCCCCUGCAGGACGAGCCUGGAGGUGCCCGAGAUCAACAGCCUCCAAUUAAACCCCCGGGUGAGGGGGGGGGGGGGAGGGGGUUGUGACCCCCACGUGACGUCAC